UUUCUUUUCGUGGAUAAUUUUGGAAAUAGCAGAAAACCCCCUGAAACCGAAACGCAACCAUCCACCCCUGAACCUGGAAAACACUCUUCAUACAUGGCUUUGAGAUCCCCAUUUCGUUCGUCUUCAAUCUCUCGAAACCCAUCUCUGAAAGGUAAUAUUUCAUCUUUGUUAGCUCACUUACACAACCUCACAACUUCAAGCUCCAACAAUGAAGUUUUGUAUUCUUUUGAAAAACGCCUAGAACGAUCCUCACUUGCUAAAUUCCUCAAAGAAAAUUGUCAAUCAGGUAACUUUACUCUGAAUGAAGCAUUAUACUUUUUUCAUUACAUGAUUAAUUGGCAACCGAUCUCUCCAAUUUUAUCAUUCACUACUUUGUUUAGUGCACUGUCAAAGAAGAAGCAUUAUUAUGAAGUGAUUUCUCUUUAUAAGUGGUUGAAUUCAACUGGGUUGUCUCCAAAUUUAUUGUCUUUGAACAUUUUGAUCGGUUGCUUGUGUAAAAUUGAAAGGGUUUCGGAUGGUUUUGCGGUUUUGGGGGAGAUAUUGAAGAAGGGUUUCAGCCCAAAUGCUGUGACUUUUAAUUGUUUGAUCAAAGGUCUGUGUGUAGAGAGAAAGAUUGUGGAGUCAAUGGAAUUGUUUAAGAAAAUGGUUGCUGUUGGUUGUAGGGCUGAUAUGAUCAGUUACAACACUUUGAUUGAUGGAUUGUGUAAAACGGGGAAGAUAAGUGUUGCCAUUAAGUUGCUUGAAGAGAUGGUUGAUGGGAGUAAAAAAUCUGGUGUUAUUUGUAGGCCAGAUGUUGUUACUUAUAAUACUAUAAUUGAUGGUCUUUGUAAGGCUGAAUUAAUUGAGAAGGCUAGAAAAUUGUUUUUGGAAAUGAAGGAUUCUGUAAUCAGUCCAAGCACAGUCACUUAUACCACUCUAAUUCAUGGGUUUUGUUGUGUGGGCUAUUGGGAGAAGGGUAGAAGUUUAUUUAUUGAAAUGAUAGAUCAAGGUGUGCAACCUUCUGUGGUGACGUUUAAUGUGCUCAUAGAUGAACGUUGCAAGAAAGGGAAAUUGCACGAAGCAAAUAGGUUGUUGGAGCUUGUGAUUCAGAGAGGUGUGGUUCCUGACGGAAAUGAAGAAUUUGGUGUUAUUUGUAGGCCAAAUGUUGUUACUUAUAGUACUAUAAUUGAUGGUCUUUGGAAGGUUGGAUUAGUUAAGAGGGCGAUAGACUUGUAUUUCGAAAUGAAGAGUUCGGGAACUACUCCAAACGUAGUCACUUAUAGCAUUUUGGUCAAUAUGCUUUGUAAAAAUAGACAACUAGAAAAGGCAAAUGAGUUGUUGUCACAUAUGGAGGAAAAAGGUUGUGCUCCAGAUGUAAUCACGUUUACUACGCUCAUGUUCGAUUUUCUCAAGAAUAAUAAGAUACCAAAAGUUGUUGAACUCCUUCAUAAGAUGGCGGAGAGAAAUGUGAAGCCGACUGAAUGUACAAUGUCCUUAGUCAUGCAAUUACUAAUGAAGGCCGAAAAUUAUCGUGAAUGUUUGAACCAGCUUCCUCAAUUUCCGGUCUAAAAGCGAAAUUGAAGUUUUCAUGAUAAAAAUUUAUGGAGUGGUUCACUUUUUCAGAGUAGUAUCCUUGCCAGGAGAGCAUUAUUUGACAUCAUUGAAAUAUGAAACUGCAAAAGCCUCAGCCAGCUACAGAAAGACUCUAUGAUUGUUACCGUACGAAGAAUGCAGUUGACAUGAGAACAUUGCUGCCAAGAGAAAUAUGUUUUGCCAUGAUACAUGCAGUUAUUGUAACGAUGAUCCAUGAAGAUUUGGUUGAUAUGGGAUUUCAAACUGUCAGUGGAAUCUAUGAAGCAGCAUGGUCUAAAAAUGGACUUGGUUACUCUGACCAAACUCCAGAAGCUUGGACUACCGGUGAUGGUUUAAGAGUACCAUGUUACAUGUGUCCGAUGGCCAUAUGGGCAAUGCAAUGGGCUCUAAGAAGGCUGAAACCUUCUGAAAAUGAGAUGAAACCAGAAGUGAACGAAGAAUCUCUGUAUAGAUAUCAUGUUGGGUACUGUAAAGUUGCUUGCCUUCUAAAGUUACCAGAUGAUAAAGCGCAUAAAGGUCUUUAAUGGUCAUUGUUUGAUUACACUUGCUGGAAAAAGUUUUUGUAAUUGAUUGGCUCCUGUAAUUUAUUACUGUCAUCAAAUUUUGUGUACAGUAAGAGAUUCAUUA